CAUCGGUCCCAGGUACUUCUGCAGACGGCUCACCUACUACUUAGCUAGCUAGCUAGCUAACUUAACUAUGAAGUGUUUUAAUCGGUCCGGAAGAUGAAGAUGUUCUCAGUCUCCCACAAGACGGCCUUCGUGGUCGACCACUGCCCUUACAUGGCAGAGUCCAGUCGGCAGCAGGUGGAGUGUGACGUGCUGACCAAGAGUCGUGGCCAGGGCAUGAUCCCGCUGGCCCCAGUGACCAAGUCCCUGUGGACCUGCGCUGUGGAGUGCUCCAUGGAGUACUGCCGUAUCCUCUACGACGUUUACCCCCUCAAGAAACUGGUCAACUACAUUGUGAGUGAUUCAGAGUUCCACAUUCUGAACAGCUGGAGGCAAGAGGACCAAAGCACUCAUGAGGUAAU